AAUCCACAGGUGGUGUAGCAAGAGGUCGGGGGUCUGACUUUGGCGCGUCGCGGGUGGCAACGCAUUUAGGAAAGAUAUUAAGGUGAAUAUAGUCCAGGCCUAUUUGAAUAUUGUCCAGUUUUGGAAGAUAUUUUCUCGUGUGAGCGUGCAUGCGCGCGCGUGUGUGCAUGUGUUGAUUGUUUGGGGAUCCUGAUUGGCUCGUGUGCCAAUCACACGAUACGGUCAGGUAUUUCGGAUGCUGGAAGUCCAGCGGAGAACACAUUUCCGCCCUGAAGUCAACUCUAGGGUCCUGGUGGGUUUGUGGCCGCUGACCAAAACGUAAUGCCUCGCCCACCGCCGGUGUAUUACGAUACCUUCUACCGGCCUCUGACGGAGGACGUGGAGGAACUACUGGCCCGUUUCCAGCAGACUGAGUCGGUGCGGUUUGAACACUUCUCGGCCGCCUGGAGGUACAUGAGAUUUUCGGAGGUCUUCGCCGGCAUCACCUUGUUUGGCGAGAUGAAGCGCUUCUGCAGAGUAGCCUUAGCCACCGCCUCCAAAUACUUCCUCGGCCCGUUUAGUUACCAGAUCCGGGUGGGGGGGCUGUACCUGCUGUAUGCCUUCUACAACACUCAACUCGCCUCACCGCAGUAUAAUAUUAGGUUCGCCUUGAAGGACUGGGAAUACAUCCAGAACUUUCUUAAAGAAUCCCUGCACUCCCGACAUUACGAUGUGAUUUACAUCCUACGGAAGCUAUUCGCCACCCAGGCCAUACACUUCGUCGCGAUGCCGCACUUGCUCGCCUUCCGCAAGUUGCGGAAACACCAUAGUGAGCCGCUGUGCACCGGAUUCCUUAGCCGGACCGAGCGGGUCCAGGAGCUGGUCUACUCGGAACUACUGGACGAGGUCUCCAACAUCCAGACCCUAUACCAGAGCAAGAAGAAGGUCGUGAUGGAGAAAGCUGGUUUGUUCACCGUGGCAGUGGCCGAUUUCCCCAACCGCAUCCAAGAGGUCGCGGGGGAAUUCGUCACCUGGCAGGACAAUAACUACCAGGCGGAUAGCCUGAAAGAAGAAGGGGAUGAAAAGCCCGGGGAGACCGACACAACCAAGCGGUCACAACUCGUCUGCUCCAUCAAGCAGAAGAGCUACCGUAACUACAAGGAGGCAGGCCGAGCGCGGAGACACCGUCAGCCGGUGGCCGUGGAGACGUUUGAUCCGGAUCAGAGGCCCAGCCUGCAGCGGAGGAGACCCCCCUCGCUGCGAGCCCGUACGCGGAAGACGCUGGAUGUGCGGGAGGAGUCCACCCACCUAUGAUGCUGCCUGGUUUCACACGCUUUUCUGAUCCAUUAACAAGUCAGUUAAAUGCAUUUGUGGGAUUUGUGUUUUUAUAUUUUUUGUUAAACGAAAUGCGAUACAUUAGCCUACAAGCAUGUUUAAUAAUAUUAUGCUGUAGGCCUGCUUGUCUUCAAAGAGAGCCAGAAGAUAGAGCCUACUUUCUUAUUUGAAGAGAGGAAAUUCAGCCUUCAUAACAAAACAAUAGUGAGCCUGAUGGAAACUUAAUUUGAAUAAUUUCUAAAUAAAAGAUAUAUGCCCAAAUUCAA